CAAGGUGACCCUUGACUUACUCCUCAGACAGCUAUUAAACAGGCAAGAAGCCGAAGGAGUACCUUUACUUCAUCACUUUCCUGCUCUUGGAGGACUUUUACAGAACAUCAGGAUUCACAUAUAAAGUUCUCCAUAGUGAAAAUAUGGACCACAAAUUGUUUUUUGGCAUAACCUUGAUGGUGGGAUCUUGGAUGCUGGAUGGAACGGCAAGCCAAGUUUCCGCACAGUCUUUCACAACAAACAUCACCAACACAGCCUGUGGAAACACCAAGCAGUGUCUGAGCAGCCCGAUGUCCUGCAACCCAAUGGGCAACACAUCAUGUCUGUUUGCCUCCGUCUCGCUGCAAGGAAACAACAUGACUGUGGAGCUUCAAGGGUAUUCUCCUGGGUACAUCGCACUGGGACUCAACGCUGCAAACGCAACACAAAACGCUACGGUGUUUGCCUGUGCCAAUAUAAACAGCAAUGUCUCCUUAUUCACCACCAUGUUCACCAACAGCUCCCUGGUCCAAAUGAGCACAGUCAAUGUGAGCUCAAUUCAAGGCUCAGCCAAGGGGACCCUCCUUCAGUGCAUCUUCAGUGUCACUAACUUCAGCUCCUUGCUCAUGAUCAGUGGUGGUGUCACUAGCGUUUAUGGCUUCCUCGCUACUGGAAAUGUCACCAACAGAACACUGCAAGCUCCAGUCAUACAGCUGCAACCUAGUCUGCUGGUUCUGUCCAACACCACCAGUGCCACCAUUACCACCCCAACCAUGAGCAGCCCUCCGACCGUCAUUGUCGCACAGCCUCUCAUUACAAACAUCACCAACACAGCCUGUGGAAACACCAAGCAGUGUCUGAGCAGCCCGAUGUCCUGCAACCCAAUGGGCAACACAUCGUGUCUGUUUGCCUCCGUCUCGCUGCAAGGAAACAACAUGACUGUGGAGCUUCAAGGGUAUUCUCCUGGGUACAUCGCACUGGGACUCAACGCUGCAAACGCAACACAAAACGCUACGGUGUUUGCCUGUGCCAAUAUAAACAGCAACGUCUCCUUAUUCACCACCAUGUUCACCAACAGCUCCCUGGUCCAAAUGAGCACAGUUAAUGUGAGCUCAAUUCAGGGCUCAGCCAAGGGGACCCUCCUUCAGUGCAUCUUCAGUGUCACUAACUUCAGCUCCUUGCUCAUGAUCAGUGGUGGUGUCACUAGCGUUUAUGGCUUCCUCGCUACUGGGAAUGUCACCAACGGAACACUGCAAGCUCCAGUCAUACAGCUGCAACCUAGUCUGCUGAUCUUGUCUAACAUCUCCACCACUACUGCUUCCCCAACCACCAGCAGCAGCCCUCCAAUCUCCAUUGUCACACAGUCUCUCACUAAAAACAUCACCAACGCAGACUGUGGGAAGACCAAGCGGUGUCUCAGCUUUCCAGAAUCCUGCAACCCAGCGGGCAGCACACCUUGUCUUUUCACCUCCACCAACUUCACAGCACAGGGCAACGUGGCCUUUGAGCUCCGAGGGGAGUCCCCAUCCCCUGGGUACAUCGCAGUGGGACUGAGCAACAGAAGCUCAUUGCAAAAUGGCUUAAUGUUUGCCUGCGCCCAACAAAAUAGCACCAUCUCCAUCUACAACAUCCUGGUGAAAAAUAAUGAGCUGUUCCAGAACAACAUGGUCAGUCUGAGCUCAGGUCAGGGCUCCUUCAGCAGGAACAUCACUCAGUGCACCUUCACUGCCAACUUCAGCUCUGCAGUCUUAACUCGAGCAUCUACCUUGAGCUUUUACGUCUUGCUUGCUAAUGGCACCAUCAUCAAUGGAACACUGCAGGCACCAAAUGUUCAGCUGUCCUCAAACCUCGUGGACCUUUCAACUAGUGGCAGCACUUCACCUAUUUACUCUAUCUUGGCUCUGCUAAUACCACUCAGUGUGGUGACCUUUCAGCUGUUUUGAGGACCUGAAAACAACCAGAUGAAGACAACAGGGUGAUCAAUGUAGGGUCUAUCCUCCCUGAACUCAUGAUACUCUUCUAGAAAAUGUUACUGUACAAAGUUAAAAUGUCAUAUUUCUAUGUGAAUCAUGUUUUUUCCUUAGCUUUACAAUCAUCUGGAGAGUUCUACUUGGCUGUGUCCUGUCUUUUCGAAAAUAUGAAUCUCCUAAAGAGCAUUUAAUUCUAUACAAAUUUCUAGCCAAUAAUUUUCUUUACAUUGUUUAUAUAAUACUUAAUAUGAAUGAAGCAAAAGCUAUAUGAAGGUUUUUAAAAGUUACUCUGAAUUCAUAUGGGAUUGACUCAGAGCUCAAAUGAAGCCACUGCUUGGUGGAAAACUUUUCCUUCUUUCACUGCCUUUACGCUUCACUGUGAAAAAGACAUUACAGUUGGAAUAUUUUUGUAUUAAUGGUCAUUUUAUUAAAGAAUGUUUAACUGUCUGAGGAGAUUCAAGAUGAUAAACUGUAAGGCUAUAAGCUAGAAAAGCAAUGACAUAACAGCCUGUUUUUCAUUUCACCACAUAACACAUAUAAAGGAAUCCUCAGCCGU